UCAUCAUCAUCACCACCACCAUCAUCAUCAUCAUCAUUAGCAGCAGCAGCAGCCUCCAGAUCGGAAGCGGAGGGGACAGCUCCCAGGUGCUGAAACGGGUCGGAGACAGAGAGAGGGGGCAAAAAUAAACUAAAAUCAGCGUCUGCGGUAUAGAUUCAGAGAAAUAAACAGCUGUCCUGCUAUCAGGGGCAAAUACAGGUCGAAACGAGGCCCUCGAAACAGAUGGCUGCCACUCAGGAUGUCAAGGGGAAAGGAGAGGGAGGAGACCAGAAUUUUGACUACAUGUUCAAGCUACUUAUCAUCGGCAACAGCAGCGUGGGGAAGACGUCCUUCCUGUUCCGUUACGCCGAUGACGCCUUCACGUCGGCCUUCGUCAGCACGGUGGGCAUCGACUUCAAAGUAAAGACCGUGUACAAGAAUGACAAGAGGAUCAAACUGCAGAUCUGGGACACUGCAGGCCAGGAGCGCUACAGGACCAUCACCACAGCUUACUACCGCGGCGCCAUGGGCUUCAUCCUCAUGUACGACAUCACCAAUGAGGAGUCCUUCGGCGCUGUGCAAGACUGGUCGACCCAGAUAAAAACCUACUCGUGGGAUAAUGCUCAGGUGGUGCUAGCUGGGAAUAAGUGUGAUAUGGAGGAAGAGAGGGUGGUCUCGGUGGAUAGUGGCCGCCUGCUGGCCGAACAGCUGGGUUUCGAGUUCUUUGAGACGAGCGCAAAAGACAACAUCAACGUCAAACAGACCUUUGAACGUCUCGUCGACCUAAUUUGCGACAAGAUGUCUGAGAGCUUGGACACUGAUCCGGCUGUCACCUCGGGAGCUCCGACCGCCAAACUGACAGACAGCGCUCCUCCCCUCCAGCAGCCUGGAUGCAACUGUUAGUGACCGGCGUCGGAAAGCUGUCGGGGCUGCGGAGCGCAGGAGGGCCAUCGCUCUGCCGGUAGCGCCCUCUCCGGACUGCAGUUCAAAGCCUGUCCAGUAGUAAAAAAAUGACAAAAGGCUGUUGCAUUAUCUCCCAAACUUUAUCACCUUAUAUAAUAAGCAAGUAACAAGGAGUACAGUCAUUACUAAUGUAAAACAUAACAGCACAGGUUAUAUAGAAUAUAAGGAAUCAGUAUCCUUUCAGCUAGUUAGUUUGAAAACAAACCAAUCGUGUCUGGCAGGACUUGAAAUAGUUCAACACUUAAACUUACACAGGUUAUCCUUCAGACCUUUAAUAUCUUUAAGAGUACCUAUACAAGAAAUAGAAUCAGUGAGUGCUUUAAUAUGUCUAUAAAGUUUUCUGUAUGGUGUAAGUCGUCCUUUUUUUUGUUUUUCUGGGUAAUUUUGACUCCUGGGGCUGCCAAAUCUAGGAUUUAGCGCACUAGGCGAUGUAGCGGCUUUCCUUUGUGUAACGACUGUAAUAAUAAGCCUCUGGCUGUGACUGUGCAGUAAGUGAGCGUGGAUUUGCAUGAGUGUGUCAUGUCAUGUUGCCAUUGAAUAAUCAACUACCUUUUUGAGGGGGGGAGAAAAAAGUGGCCUUUCAAAAUCUUCAACUCGGCCUCUGUAAGUCCCUCUGUAAGUCCUGCUCCCUGUUGGAAUGAACCGAGUCUGUGUCACCGAUGUGGGGUACGGUUUCACCCUUUGCUGUGUGAAUUCUCUAAUAAGCAUCUUAAAUGCAACUCAAUCAUUAUGCUCAGCCUUUAAAUGUUUGAUGCAAAGAGCAUGCUGCCAAAAAAAACCCCGUCAAACACGUGUUUCGUUUCAUCUGAAAGAAAGGCCUUACCCAAAACUCCUCAUCCUCAGUACCAUUUCAUCAAAGCACAGUGAGACAUACGGCAAAAGCAGACGAUACGUCCUGGCAUGGAAAAAACAGCCAUAAUUUCUUAUUCAGCAUGAUUUGUGCUGUAAAAUUGAACCCCUUCUUUAAAAAGGGGGGAGGGUAAAAAAAAUCCCUGUAUGUUGCUUAAAAACUUCAUAAAUAUAAACCACCUUUGUCUUUAAGAAGUCAGUAAAGUGUAAGAGUUGUAACAACUAAAAAUGUCCAGUUCAUCUCACAAUUUCAAUAAAAAAAAAGUGCCAAAACAUUACGAUCCCCUUAACGUUGUCAGUUGCUUGUUGCAUAGGAAAAUAAAACUACAAAAACGUAAAAAUAAAUAAAUAUAAAAAAUACAAAAAAAAUGCAUGAAGUCAGUCCUGACGUAUCGGUGUAGAGUUAUAUUCUGAGACACUGUAAAUAUCGCUCUGUCUUACAGAUUUAGGAGCAUUGUCAUGGCACUCGCUGUGAAAUGCAAUGGGCCAACAAGUGCAAUAUUUUAUGGAUGAAAUCCUGUAAAUAGUUUGAUGUCAUCUUGUCUAACAGCUCCAUCUGCGGUGUGUGAGAGAAAACUAAAUGACAUGGUUCUAAAAAACGCUGAGCGUGCGCUUCAUUCAGAACCGGCAGUCACUGAACGCGUGGUGUUGUGUGUCUAGUGGACAUAAAAGGUCGCAGACCCCGGUUAAUUCCCCGGCAAGUUUUUUUUUUAAAGAUCUGAGAAGAUAAGACCUAGACCAUUCGAUCAUGUACGUUAAGGGGACCUAUGACCUGUACAAUCCCAUUUUGCUUUUUUGUUUUUUUUUGGAGGGGUGGCGGGGGGGUUGGGGGGUGGUGUAGCACACUAUUAAACAUUUUAAUAAAGCACUUAGUGUUAAUGGGUAGGACUCUACUAGCAAAGCAGGUUUGGACUUGACAUUCGUUGUCCACUCUUUUUGGCAAAAACAAACAUUUAUAAAUAAAAUAGUCUAUCAGAUUGCACAGGUUCUCUCCUGUGUACAUACCCCAUCAGACCCCCCCCCCCCCCCCCCCAACCUUUUUUGGUCAGAUUCCCAUCUUUUGUUGAUGCGGCAGUCUGCAUGCUUCAGGUUGUUGUCGUGCUGAAAGAUGCCGAAGGCUGAAGGUUGCGUACCAACACCGACUAGUGACCGACUUGACCGAGGCCCCGGUUCCUGGUGAAAAAAAAAAAAAAAAACAAAGAAAACAACAACAGGCCCAUAGCAUGGUGCUGCCACCACCAUGCUCCACUGUGUGUAUCCUGUUUAGGGGAUGUGCAGUGUUGUUUUUGUUUCCGAAAAAACCUCAGGGACCUGUGCUCGGAUAGUUCAACCAUGGGAAAAUCUAAUCAAAACACAUUUUCCAGCAUAUUAUUGGGGACCUUACAUGUAUUUCUGCUAAAUUUAGCCUGGCUUGUGUGUGUUUUUCAAUAAAAUGUUCCUGUCCUGCCGCGCUAUCCCAAAUAUCUGUGUUUUUACAUGAACUACACAGCCAGUGCUUUCCAGGAAUUCAAGCGGCUUCUUUUGUGUUUCUGUGGACGUUUUGUAGAGUUAGGGUUAGCACUUUUCUUCUCGUCUUUUCAACAAUGUGUUGAACACCAGGUGUUCUCCACUUGAUGACAGUUGUCUUCAGUGGGUUCCAUGAAGCCUACUAGAACAGCUGAAGGUUGUUUGGUGCAGAUCACGGGGACUUUAAGUGAUGGCAGGCGUGCAGCGAUGGGUCGGAAUGUGGCUGCUGGAGAGGAAGCAGACUCGUGCAGCCACAUUAUUUUAGUUAUUUAUUUACCCCUGUUCAAAUAUUUCAGAUAGUUUUUUUAAAGAGUUUUACGGGUUAGAGGUCACAUCAAAGUUUUAUUUUUUUAAUCUUGUUUUCAGUCUUUCUCCAUCACAAAACCUGCCACUUUAACAGAGGUGUAGACCUUUUAUAUUUACUUUUAGGUUGUGAAUGGGUGCGUGUGUGUGUGUGUUUACCUGCCAUACUGAAGAGACAAAUUAGAGUUCUAUCGUGUAUUGUAUGUGUAUACCUUUUUUGUACAAAUGUAUUUGUGUACUGUAUGCUGUCCCUGCUAACUGUUGGGUGUCGACUGAACUUCUGUUAUCAUGUCAAAAUGCAGUGUUGUUGUGCAGAUAGUCAGGGAGAUAACCUAUUCCAUGCCAUAAGCCGUACUGUUAACGAUUUGAAGAAAAAGGGACACACUUAAACUCGCGCACAAAGCCUGCGUGUUAGCAUCUGUGUACAUGUCUUAAAAUAACGUGUUGGAAUAAAUCACGGUAGAUCCCGACGACAUAUUCAUUUCAUAGAGAAGAACGGAUAGCCAAACAGUCAAUCGGAUAAAUGAAAUCUCCUUUUAGAAAACUUUACGUAUAACUGAAUAUAUUUCUUGGAGUGCAAGCAAAGUAAAAUUGUAUGUUUUUGAGAUUAUAGGAAAUAAAUUCAAAUUCUAUGA